ACCAUCACACCAUCUUGCAAACUGACCUUUCAUUCUGCGAGUAGGAGUGAUGAAGGUGCAUAUGCAAUACAGCUGGAGAUGGAGGACUUCCCCAAGCAGACCAUCUUUCUCCAUCAAAGUGAUGAUGUGGAGACAACAAGGACUCCCAGUGAUGCUCUCAGCAAAAUACCAAUCAGAUUUAGUCUAAUAGUGGACCCGCCUGUGCCAUCCUGUUCAGAGGGAGCCUACCUGCCCAAGUUUCUGCCUCCAACUCCCGUCAGUGGGGCUCAACUGUUGGCCUAUAUUAAUGAAACAUUGAAUAUUACCAUUAUGGCAGAGGCAACCAACACCAUGGUUUUGAAGCUUUUGUUCAGUGGACCACACACCGCUGUGAAACAUGUUGUAUCACAUGGAGAAUUCAUCCUGACCUGGACACCAUCUGACAGUGAAUAUGAAGAAAACCAUCCCAUCUGCUUCGUAGUCCAGGCAGAGUUAAAUACAGCCAAGUAUCACUCUGAGCUACGCUGUGUGAUUGUGAGCAUUCAAAUUAGACCAAUCACCACUCCUCUGCCAACAACUGUUCUGCCUUCAACCACCCCAGAACAAACAACCACUCUUCUGUUCAUAAAUGAAACAGAAGAUCAGGAGAAGGUGCUAUAUGAGUCCACAGGAUCAGGUGACGACAGCAUGGGUGCUGGCAAAGUUGUUGGUAUUGUGUUUGGUGUUGGAGCCGUCGCAGCCAUUGUUGGCGUUGCCUUGUGGGCUUUGAACCGAAGUUCUCCUGUGCUCUGGUCUCUACCUUACACACCUUGA